CUCUCUCUCUCUCUCUCUGGAAGUCGCAGAAAAUCUCUUCCCCCUCCAUCUUAUCUGGCUUCUAACCUAACACAUAUAUAAAUAUAUGUAGAUGUGUGUAUAUAUAUAUAUAUGUAUGUGUGUAUGCUUUCUGGCCGUUGUUUGUUAGGUUGUUGGUGAAAGUGGAAAAAGCAGCAUAGGGAGAAGAGAAGAGAACGAAGGUAAAGCAAGAAAUGCCGGCUGCUUUUCCGACGGGAUGCUGGAUCAUCUUGACGCUCACCGCCGUGGUGUUUCCUGCUGCUGCUGCUGCUGCGGCAGCGGCCGGUGGUUUCCCGGUUGCUCUCACGCUGGAGAGAGAUUUUCCGACCAGUCACGGCGUCGAGUUGAGUCAACUCAGAGCGCGUGACCGGGUCAGACACGGUCGAAUCUUGCAGUCUUUUUCGGGUGUUGUGGAUUUCCCCGUUGAAGGAACCUACGACCCUUUUGUUGUCGGGCUUUAUUAUACAAGGGUUCAAUUAGGUUCUCCUCCAAAAGACUUCUAUGUACAGAUUGAUACUGGAAGUGAUGUCUUGUGGGUCAGUUGCAAUUCCUGCAACGGUUGUCCCACAUCAAGUGGACUCCAUGUCCCUCUCAACUUCUUUGACCCUUCCAGCUCCUCAUCAGCUUCAUUGAUAUCUUGUUCAGACCAAAGAUGCUCCUUAGGAGUUCAAUCCUCGGACUCUGGAUGUUCUACUCAGAAUAAUCAGUGUGGUUAUACAUUUCAAUAUGGAGAUGGAAGUGGGACAUCUGGUUAUUAUGUGUCUGACAUGAUGCAUCUAGAUGCAAUUGUCGGGAAUUCACUGACUUCAAACUCUUCAGCUCCUGUAGUCUUUGGCUGUAGCACAUCACAGACUGGUGACCUGACAAAGUCUGAUAGAGCAGUUGAUGGAAUAUUUGGAUUUGGGCAGCAGGGGUUAUCAGUAAUCUCACAACUUUCUUCACAGGGUGUAACCCCUAAUGCCUUCUCCCAUUGCUUGAAGGGGAAUGGUGAUGGAGGAGGGAUCUUGGUUCUCGGAGUUAUAGUGGAGCCAAAUAUAGUUUAUAGCCCACUCGUCGCCUCACAGCCACACUAUAACUUGAAUUUGAAAAGCAUUGCUGUGAAUGGGCAGACUGUGACCAUUGAUCCUGCAGUGUUUACGACAUCAACUAACCGGGGAACCAUAGUUGAUUCAGGAACAACUUUAGCAUACCUUGCCGAAGAAGCAUAUGAUCCUUUUGUCAGUGCUAUUACAGAGUCUGUUUCACAAUCUGUGAGCCCUGUUCUUUACAAGGGAAAUCAGUGUUAUCUAAUCAAAUCCAGUGUCUCUGAGAUUUUUCCAACAGUUAGUUUAAAUUUUGCUGGUGGAGCAUCCAUGAUUCUAAAACCUGAGGACUACCUUCUGCAGCAAAAUUCAGAUGGUGGCACUGCAGUGUGGUGCAUUGGAUUUCAGAAAAUUCAAGGUCAAGGAAUUACAAUUUUAGGGGACCUUGUACUCAAAGACAAGAUCAUUGUUUAUGAUCUGGCUGGCCAACGAAUUGGAUGGGCUAAUUAUGACUGUUCAUUGUCUGUGAAUGUUUCUACGACGACGGGUACUGGUAAAAGUGAAUUUGUCAAUGCGGGACAGAUGGGGAACGGCAGCUCGUCGAGAAUUACACCUGACUACAAGAUGUUGUCGAGCAUCGUCAUUACAGCUCUCCUUCUGCUGAUUUCGGUUUUUGGGAGUUUCUCAUUUUUGUGACAUUCAAUUCCAUACGUUCAACAUUUUAUUCAAUUUACAUGCGUGCAAUACCUUGCCUGAUCUUUAUUUAUAGCCAUCGGCAAGGCUGUAUUAUUUAUUCAAAUCGCAGCUUGUUGCUGCUCUCUGCUUCAGAAUUGAGGAACACAGUUUAAGCUGCAUUUAGAUUGGGAUUUUCCCGGUUAUUAGCAUUGUACAAUACAUUCGUACAGGAUUGAUUACAUUGCUUAAAUACAGGAUUACUAUUUACACUUCUCCCUCA